CAUCUUCCACAGGAGUCGGCGGGGGCGGCGCUGCUGUUGCGGCUGCCGCGGCUGCUGCUAGUCCAGGCGAACCGGCGGCCGCGACGGCGGCAGCCGCCUGAGGCGAGCGACUGUUGCGGGGCACGGGCGGCGGCGGCGGCGGCCGCCCGCCAUGGACUGAGGAGACCGCGAUGGGCAACAAGGAGUCGCGCAUCGGCUUCCUCACCUACGACGAGGCCCUGCGGAGGGUGACGGACGUAGAGCUAAAACGGCUGAAAGAUGCCUUCAAGAGGACCUGCGGACUCUCGUGUUACAUGAGCCAACAAUGCUUCAUUCGGGAAGUUCUCGGAGAUGGAGUUCCUCCAAAGGUUGCAGAGGUCAUAUACUGUUCUUUUGGUGGCACAUCGAAAGGUCUACAUUUCAAUAACCUGAUAGUAGGCUUAGUCCUGCUGACAAGGGGCCGAGAUGAAGAGAAAGCCAAAUAUAUUUUCAGCCUAUUUUCCAAUGAAUCUGGGAGCCAUGUUGCCCGUGAAGAGAUGGAGAGGAUGCUUCUCAUAAUUGAUGGAAAAGUCCCUGAAUGUCUAAAAAAAUGCUUCUCUGAGGGCGAAAAAGUAAACUAUGAAAAAUUCAGAUCCUGGCUGUUGCAGAACAAAGAAGCGUUCACAUUUUCCCGCUGGCUCCUCUCCGGAGGCGUGUAUGUCACGCUCACAGAUGACAGUGACACUCCCACCUUCUAUCAGACUCUGGCUGGAGUCACACACUUGGAAGAAUCGGAUAUCAUCGACCUCGAGAAACGCUACUGGCUCCUGAAAGCUCAAUCAAGAACAGGCCGUUUUGAUCUGGAAACGUUUGGCCUCCUGGUUUCCCCUCCGAUCCACCCAUCCCUAAGCGAAGGCCUGUUUAACGCCUUUGAUGAAAACCGCGACAAUCACAUAGACUUCAAGGAAAUCUCGUGUGGGCUCUCGGCUUGCUGCAGGGGGCCACUGGCAGAACGGCAGAAGUUUUGCUUCAAGGUUUUCGACGUUGAUCGAGACGGGGUUUUGUCCAAGGUUGAACUCGAAGAAAUGGUUGUGGCUCUUCUGGAAGUUUGGAAAGAUAAUCGUAUUGAUAACAUUCCAGAGCUGCACAUGAAUUUGCCUGAUAUUGUAGAAGAUAUUCUAAAGUCACACGACACUACCAAGGUAAGAAAGGGCAGCUGUAUCUCAUUAUCCCUUAUUGUGUGCCAUAUAGUCUUAGGUUUAAGACCUGCCACUCCGGGAGAUGAAGGACAAAUCAUUAGAGGCUGGCUAGAACGUGAGAGUAGACAUGGCCUUCAACAAGGACACAACUGGUUUCUCAUCGCAAUGCAGUGGUGGCAGCAGUGGAAAGAAUACGUCAAAUACGAUGCUCCCCCUGUUAUGAUAGAGCCUGUGUCUGCUUCAAAUGGAGGUAAGACUUCCCUCCUGAGUCCUGGGACACCCACAUCCGAGCUGGGAGAUGACCGAACGGGUGCUUUGAAUAACAUCAAUGCCGCAGAAGAAAAGUUUUCAGAUGAUAUUUCCAGCGCGUCAGAAGCAUCGGAGACAACUAACAGCAAUUUUGUUCAUGCCACCACUCCCAAUACCGAGAUGUCUUUGGCUCGACAGCUCAAUUCUUCGGACAACAACAAUCAGUGCCUCCUUGCCUCUAAUGGGAAUAUCUUACUGCAGCUGCUGAAUCCACAGCGGCCCGGAGCAAUCGAUAAUCAGCCACUUGUAACGCAAGAGCCCGUGAAGGCGCCAUCAUUGACUUUGGAAGGCGGGCGAUUAAAACCAUCGCCCCAAUUAAUCCAAGGGAAAAAUUACGAAAUGGUCCCAGAACCGGUGUGGAGAGCCCUCUACCAUUGGUACGGAGCAAACCUGUCUUUGCCCAGACCGGUGAUCAGAAACAGCGCGAUGGGCCUGCCCGAACUGGAGCUAUUUCCCCGUUACCUGCUCUUCCUGAGACAGCAGCCAGCUACCCGGACCCAGCAGUCCAAUGUCUGGGUGAACAUGGGGAACGUCCCAUCUCCCAGCGCCCCCUUGAAGAGGGUAUUGGCCUACACCGGCUGCUUUAGCCGCACCCAGACCAUCAAGGAGAUCCACGAAUACCUGUCGCAGCGGCUGAGGAUGAAAGAGGAGGACAUGCGCCUGUGGCUGUACAACAGCGAGAACUAUCUUACUCUUCUAGACGAUGAGGAUCAUACACUGGAAUACCUGAAUAUUCAAGAUGAACAGCACUUAAUUAUAGAAGUUCGCAAUAAAGACAUGAGUUGGCCGGAAGAGAUGUCAUUUAUAGCAAACAGCAGUAAAAUUGACAGGCAUAAAGUUCCGACAGAAAAAGGGGCCACGGGCUUAAGCAACUUGGGGAACACGUGCUUCAUGAAUUCAAGCAUCCAGUGCGUCAGUAACACACAACCUCUUACCCAGUAUUUCAUCUCCGGCCGACAUCUGUACGAGCUGAACAGGACAAAUCCAAUAGGAAUGAAGGGACAUAUGGCUAAAUGCUACGGGGAUUUGAUUCAAGAACUGUGGAGCGGAACCCAAAAGAACAUUGCUCCUCUCAAGUUGAGGUGGACUAUAGCUAAAUAUGCCCCGAGGUUUAAUGGCUUCCAGCAGCAAGAUUCUCAGGAACUCUUAGCUUUUCUCCUGGAUGGGCUCCACGAGGACCUGAAUCGAGUCCAUGAUAAGCCGUACGUUGAGCUGAAGGACAGCGAUGGCCGGCCGGAUUGGGAGGUAGCGGCAGAGGCCUGGGAGAACCACUUGAGAAGGAACCGCUCGAUUGUGGUCGACCUCUUCCACGGGCAGCUGAGGUCCCAGGUGAAAUGCAAGACCUGUGGACACAUCAGUGUCCGUUUCGACCCUUUUAAUUUCUUAUCGCUGCCUCUUCCAAUGGACAGUUACAUGCACAUAGAAAUAAUAGUAACUAAGCUAGACGGCACGACUCCCGUCCGAUACGGACUCAGGCUGAAUAUGGACGAGAAAUACUCUGACUUGAAGAAGCACCUGAGUGACCUUUGUGCCCUGAAGCCCGACCAGAUCCUGCUUGCGGAAGUACACAGCUCGAACAUAAAGAACUUCCCACAAGACAGCCAAAAAGUCCGGCAUUCAACGACAGCUUCUUUGUGCGCCUUCGAAGUACCGAUUCCCGGCUCUCCCACUUCGGCUUCUUCAAGCCCCUUGCAAACAGAUUUUUACCGUGGACAGUCGACCAACGGGGUGAUCAGCUGCCUGAUGAACGGGGACCUCCCACGGUCAACCUUGAUCCCAAAUGGAAUGCCAAACACAGUGGUGCCCUGCAGGGUGGAGAAUGGCGUGACGAUGAAUGGUCAUGUGACCUCACCUUCCGACAGCCCCUUCAUAGGCUACAUCAUUGCGGUCCACAGGAAAAUGAUGCGGGCCGAAAUGUACUUCCUCUCGUCUCAAAAGAACCGGCCAAGCCUGUUUGGAAUGCCUCUGAUUGUUCCCUGCACAGUUCACACAAGGAAGAAAGACCUGUAUGAUGCUGUCUGGAUUCAGGUGUCUCGGCUUGCAAGCCCCCUCCCUCCCCAGGAAGCAAGUAACCAUGCUCAGGAUUGCGACGACAGCUUGGGAUAUCAGUACCCUUUCACCCUUCGGGUGGUUCAGAAAGAUGGCAACUCCUGUGCCUGGUGCCCCUGGUACAGGUUUUGCUACGGGUGUAAAAUCGAUUGCACAGAAGAAAGAGCUCUGAUGGGGAACGCAAACCUGGCUGUCGACUGGGAUCCCACCGCCCUGCACCUCCGCUACCAGACCUCACAAGAACGGAUAGCGGAGGAGCACAGAAGCGUGGAGCAGAGCCAGCGUGCUCAGGCCGAGCCCAUCAACCUGGAUAGCUGCUUGAGGGCCUUCACCAGUGAGGAGGAGCUGGGUGAAGAUGAAAUGUACUAUUGUUCCAAGUGCAGGACCCACUGCCUGGCCACCAAGAAGCUGGACCUGUGGAGGCUGCCCCCGAUCCUGAUCAUCCACUUAAAGCGCUUCCAGUUCGUCAAUGGCCGCUGGAUAAAAUCCCAAAAAAUCGUCAAGUUUCCUCGUGAGAGCUUUGACCCAAGUGCCUUCCUCAUGCCACGAGACCCGAGCUGCUGGCCGCCAAAGCUGCUGACACCACAGGCGGACGAUCCCGCCGAGCCCCUGAUUCCGCCGGAGGAGUGCCGGAGGACGGAGCCACGGAGCGGCACGGUGGCUGGAGAAGGCGACGUCCUCACCCGGAGCCCUUCUUCUCUCAACACUUCGGGCAUCUUAAAUAAUAUUAGAGCAUCGCCGUCCUCCGCCAGGAAGUGCCCAUCAGGCUCUUCGACCAGUAAAAACCUUAGCCCCACCAGUAGCCCCAGGACUAUGGGCAGAAGCAAGGGGCGCCUUCGUCUCCCCCAGCUCUGCAAAAACAAACUCUCGAGCAGCAAAGAGAACCUGGACACGAGUCGAGAGAACGGUACCCAGCCAGAUCCAAAGGCCACAUUGGACUCUCCGGGCAGGGAGCAGCAAAAAUUGGGGGAUGGUUCAGGAGAACCGGUGGUCACUCAGGACAAUGAGGGGCAGCUCACCAACGGAUACCUUUGCAAGCUCAGCUCCUCCAGCAACCACAGUCUCAACGGUCUCCUGGAAGCCCGCCGGGAAGAGGAACUGGCGGAUGACCAAAGAGGAGAAAUCUGUAUUAAUCCUAUUUAUAACUUAUAUGCAAUUUCGUGCCAUUCAGGAAUUAUGGGAGGAGGUCAUUAUGUCACCUAUGCCAAAAACCCCAACGACAAAUGGUACUGUUACAACGACAGCAGCUGUAAGGAAUUGCAUCCUGAUGAAAUCGACACAGAUUCUGCCUACAUCCUUUUCUACGAACAGCAAGGAGUGGACUAUGCACAGUUUUUGCCAAAGAUUGAGGGCAAGAAUAUGGCGGAUACCAGUAGCAUGGAUGAAGAUUUUGAGUCCGAUUACAAAAAGUACUGUGUCUUGCAAUGAGCAAAACGGGUUUCGUAAAGGUUAGUCCGAGGAGAUUGCAUCACAAGGCUGGCAACAAAAGAGAACAAAAGGAAAUACGGUUUUAACUGAGCAGAAGAGCUAGGUGUAGUUUUUAUUUUUUUAUUUUUUAUUUUAUUUUUAAUUUUCCUCCUGUGACCGGAAAGCACAACUAAAGAAAAAAACAAAAUUAAAAAAAAAAUAGCAGGGGGAGAAAGAGAAACUCUAAUUAAAGUGAGCAUUUAUCAGGUGGCAUUUGCUUUGGUUUCCCAUCUUUGUUGCUUCAUGCCCAGAGGGUGGGGGAAGAAGACCCGUUGGUUAAACUGUUUUAUUUUGCCUUCAGCCUUUAACCUCAGCAAACUAAAGACUAGAUGCAUUUAAAAUUUGAGAAAGGUAAUCCAGCGAAGAGGCAGAAUAACCGUAGUCUGUUCGUCCCUUUGACCAAUUUGCUCUUAGAGACGUCUGAAGUAAGUUGGGGUUGGGGAAAGAAAUGACAUUUGGGAAAGCUCUCUUCCAAUUGUUGCUAAUGAUUCACUUGUAGUGUUGUCCUGACAACAUGAAAUUUCUACCUCCUUUUUCUGAAGUUUGAUUCCAUGUCUGCGAGGAGAAGAGGCACACGCAGAGACGGCAGGCACAAGCCGCAGAAAAUUCCUGCAAACUUUCCCUGCUGUUCAUUUUCUCUCACUUGAUGUAUUUGUUAGCAGUUCCUUUCCGUCGCCUUAAGAAUAAAGUUUCCUCUCUUUUUUAUUUUUUUUUGACCUUGUGGAAUUGUUCCAACCCUUUUGGCUUUCAGAGAGGUUCCAGAGCAGCUCCAGCAGCCUUUUGGCGCUUGAAAGGGCUGGAGAUCUGGAAACUGAGGCAGCUCCAGGCUGUUCCUGGGGGCAGUGAGUAGGCUAAUUAUUUGUAUUCAUCUCCACUUUGGAUGGAUUGGGGUGUUCUAGGAGCCAAGCGUUUCUCUGUGUACAAGAGGGUACUUGGGUAAGAAACCUGCUCUGGUUGUGAAAAUAUUUUGCCAUUGUGGUUACCCUGUCCCCUCAACUUACAACUUUCAUUCAGAAGAAGCUAGUUCCUGAUUUUUUUGGUGUAUUGAUCUGAUCGCUCUUGAGAAUGGGAAAGUCAAAUCAGGAAUCUGUUCCCCAACUCAACCCAACCCAAUGCAACUCAACCCAGCCCACUGCAACUUAACCAACCCAACUUAAUGCAACUCUACCCAACCCAAGUCAACCCAACUCAAUGCAAUUUAACUCAACCCAACCCAACCUGAUGCAACUCUACCCAACCCAACCCAAUGCAACUCAACCUAAUUCAACCCAACCUUUAAAUCCCAGAAACAAGGGAGCCUGGUUGAGUGCUUUGAGCCAACAGUGUGUCAGUGAUGGCUGAUGGGAAAUGUGUACCCAAAGGAGGACUAUAGGCAGGGAGGGGUCAAAAAGUUCAAGAUGGAGUCGGUGACUAUAAUCAAAAUUCUACCCACCUUUUUAUACUUGUGUCACGCGUGCAGGAGAUGGGCGGGGCUUCAGAAGGGCAGUGACAGCCGCCAUCUUGAUUUUUAGGACCCCCUCCCCCAAGUAGCCGCCCCUCACAAUGGAGAUGGAAUACAAGGCUAACAGCCUCUUCUUCCUCACUCCUAGCACCAAUCCUUCAUUUGUGGUAGACCUUUUGAAAGGAGAGAGUCCUCACACAUAUUGUUCUCUCUUCCUUCAUUGGAGGGAGUGCCAGUCAUGUUUUUUUUUUUUAAAUUAUUUGCACUUUAAAAAUAAUAAUAAAAACAUAACAGAGUUCAUUUUUCAGUGCUUUGGGGAUAGCUGUGUGCGUGCUUGGGUGUGUGUCCUUUCCAUUCCUUUUUCUUUCGAAAAGCAACGUUAACAUGUCUGAAGGAUGACCAUCAGUGAUGGAGAGGUUGUCCGUUCUACCACCCAACAGGCUAUCCUUUUGGGGUAGCCAACCUUGUCCCCGGAAGGAAUAUUAAUACUUCAAACCCACUUCAAGCAUAUUGUGGCUUUUAACCAUCUCUUGAUGGUGAUUCCCCUUUAUCUGUUCUUGUAGGUCAGCCAGAGUCAAAGCAGAGCAGUGAGGUGGGUGGCUGCAUAAAUGUAAUAAUUAAAUGAAAGAAGGAAUUAAAUUGGCAGCCAUGUCCAGCUUCUAUGAAUGGAAAUGGAUUGAGAGAGCAGAAUAAUGAGGGAGCUACGGCAAACGUUCCCAUUUUCAGGUGAGCUGAAAAUCCUUCGAUUUGAAAAUCCUUCCUUACCUCUGCAUUUGUUGAGCCAAGCCCUAAAUCAGACACACACACACCCUCCUCAUUCCAAUCAGAUGAUGAAAUAAGGUUGAUCAGAGGUUAGGAUAAACCGUCAUUUCUUCACAAACGAAGCCUCUGAAUCAGCUCUUAGUAACACAGUGAGAUUUUCAAAGAGCGGCGAAGAUGAGUUUUGCUCCUAAUCUGGAAAUCUAUAGCAUGGAGGACUAUCUCGGCCUUCCACUGUUCUUUGAACUGCUCCUGUCAAUCCUUCCCUUACUGAGAACCUGACAAAAAUCCACGGGAUUUCUUUCAGCUAAUUUCCCCAUCGUUCCCUCAUUCCCCCCCACAAAGCAAAAUCACUUAGAUUUUGUUGGCAUCAGGCUAUCUUCUUCCAACUGCGGUGUUCUCAGAACACUUUUUUUUAAAAACUCCCUUUUUCGUUCCUGGUACCCUUUUCUGGCAGUUCCAGGGCAUUGUGGCUUCGUCUAACCUCACAUUAAAAACGAGGAUUAGUGUUGAAGCUUGGCAAACAUGGAGAAGGAUUGCAGGGGUCAGGUGGACCUUAACAUUUGAGCCUGCUCUUUGGUAGGUGUUUCUCAACUCUCAAAAUUCCCCAUCCGGACUGCUUUCAAAUUGGCGGACUUUAACUCCCCAGAAUUCCCCAGCCAGUAAGCAACACAGAUCUUAAUUCACCCCGAGUGGGCGUUAAAAGUCCACCCAAUGUAAAACAUGCUGGCUGAGGAAUUUUGGGAGUUGAAGUCCAAGGCACCAAGGUUGAGAAACACUGCCGGAAGAACCCAACAGUUGACAGUUGCUCUGUCUUUUGACGGUCUCCUCGAAACGAUUUGCGUCCAAGCAACUCAGCCAUGCACUGUGGAACUUAACCCAUCCAAGUGAUGUGGCACCAUCAUCCAGCGGUCGCUUGUGUUGGGGCCCUUUGUCACUUCCGUUAGCGUGCGCAUGUGUGUGAAAGUUGCAGACGGGGUUACUUCAAACCCAGAUCUUCUGCUGGACCCACGGCAGAAGGUUAGGGCUCAACCUAAGGAGAAGAAGGACCUAGGUAGUGUCUCUUAGCUUGCCGUGCAAGAUCAAACCACCAUCGUCUAUAAAGUCCCAUAAUCCUUGACUGUGCUGUGUAGUCCAGAGUAGCUCCUGAAAACCAGCUUCCCAACAUCAGUUCUAAUGGGUGCCACCACUCAGUCGUGUGAUUAAUAGCGUGACGUUCCCCCUUUUGCCAAAAAAACAAGCCAGCAUCUUGUUGAACGCAUCGUGCGAUGCCUAUCAAUCUGCGAUGUAGCCAAAUCCUGGGGGUGGGGAGAGAUUUGAACAAUGCCUUGGCCCCUAAUUGUCCAUUUUCUUGACCUCUUUGAGCAUGGAGAAAGUCCCUACUUUAAAAAUACUCCUUCUUUGAAGAUCCCUUCCACGUCGCUCUUCAUCUCUUCGUUUCUUUGGGAAACAGUUUGGGUUUUUAAGUUCCAGCCCAGCAUGAUCCGCUCACCUCGUCUUUAAUCUGCCAUGCUUUGUUACAUUGGUUGUAAUGAUUAAUAUUUUUUUUUUAAGAAAAAAGGUUUAAAUUAAUUCCUAAAUUUAAUAGGAAAAGCAAAACAAACGAUUUAAGUUAACUGUUUAACUAUAUUUGCUCUGUAAAUUAUUGUAUAAAACCUAUUGACAAUGCACUGAAUUUAGAAAGACUGUGUACAUAAGUACUGUGUAAAUAAUUCAAAGGGGAAAAAACAAAGUAUUAAUGUAUUGGGAUAUGACCUGUAUUAAAAAAAAAAAGCAAGUCCAAGUAACUGUAUAUGGAGUGAACUUGUCUAUCUGUAAGUAUAUUAUUCAAGCAAAUUAAAUACUGUGGA